UCCAUUUGAUUUUACGCUGCAAAGCAAAGCCUCUCCUCUACUGUUACACUCCAAAGGCUCGAGCCUUUCCCAUAGCCCAAAAGAGUAAAGGCAAUACUAAAGAAUUGAAUUCUAGACUCAGCACUGCAAAGGCGCUUAAACUGGCACUCUCUGUACAACACACAGUCUGAAACUUUAAAGGCGUUAGGGUUUUCCGAAUUGUAUUAAAUGUAGAGAUUCCCUAAUCCCCAAUCGUUUCCCAAUAGCCCCCACUAGUUUAUAGAGGGAAAGCUUUAAAAGUUUCUAUUUUGGGAAAAAAAAGGAAAAAAAAAUCUGUUUUUGGAGUGUUUGAUGGACCGUCUCCGCCCAAGACAGAGACAGAGGCCUGUUUUCUCUGGAUUUACAAAAGCUGAGAUUGAGAAGAUGGAGAAAUUUUUAAUGGAAUCAAGAGAGCUGUUGCAGAGCAAGGAGUUUUGUCAAAAAAUUGCAAGAAGUUUUAAUUCAUCCUCAGGUCGUGCUGGCAAACCUAUCGUUAAAUGGGCUGAGGUACAAAGCUGGUUCAUAGCUAGGCAGCAAGAAAGCACAUCCAAAAAUGAGUCCAAAAUCCCUGAAACUUGCCCUCUAAAUGAUGGACAUCAAAGUACACAGAUUCUUAAAGGAGUAGUUUCAAAAGUCGGAGAAAAGGUCCCAGAUAUAUCAGAACUAGAAUUCGAGGCAAAGUCAUCAAAAGAUGGUGCAUGGUAUGAUGUUGAUAACUUUCUCACUCACCGAUUUCUUAGUUCUGGUGAAACGGAAGUUCGUGUUAGAUUUGUUGGAUUUGGGGCUGAGGAGGAUGAAUGGGUUAAUGUAAAGGAGGCACUACGUGAGCGAUCCAUUCCAUUUGAACAUACAGAAUGUCACAAGGUGAAAGUUGGAGAUCUUGUAUUAUGCUUGCAGGAGAGAAGAGACCAAGCAAUCUACUAUGAUGCUCACAUCAUGGAGAUUGAAAGGAAAAUGCAUGACAUAAGAGGUUGCAGGUGUCUCUUUUUGAUUCGAUAUGAACACGAUGGCUCUGAGGAGAGAGUUCGCUUGAGGAGACUCUGUUUUAUUCCAAGCCAACAAAUCAGAUAGUUUGUACAAGGAUUCUGACUUAUCUUCUAUCUGUCCAUCACAAUUUUGCAUUUUUUAACCAGGUGGGGUAGAUUCAUUACUGAUGGUUUCUUGAACGAGAGAGUUACAAAUAUGUAAAUCUGUCGGUCUUGACAGCAUCCUGCAAGCAUUGAGAAAUAUUACAUAAAUGGAGCCGAUUUCAAAGGAAUUAAUACCCCCAAGUGCCCAACCAGCCAAUGCAAGUACGCUAUUCUUAUAAGAGUUUUUCAAAAGGAAGAUUCUAACUUUUACUCAUACACUAAUUAAUGAUACAGAAGAAUGACUAACAUUAAUCUCAAACUUGUAAGCAGCAAGAUGUACCACUGUUAACAUGGCACAUUAUAU